GAGAAAGUAAACCCGCCGUAAAAUACACCAAAGAAGCUGACCAAAUAAGAAAAUAGAUAGAAAAUAGUCCAGGAAAACAAAAAUGUUGAUCAAAGAGUAUCGCAUACCACUGCCCCUCACCGUCGAGGAGUACCGGAUUGCCCAGCUGUAUAUGAUAGCGAAAAAGAGCCGCGAGGAGAGCCAUGGCGAAGGCAGCGGCGUCGAGAUCAUCAUCAAUGAACCCUAUAAGGAUGGACCCGGAGGCAAUGGCCAGUACACAAAGAAGAUCUAUCACGUUGGUAGUCACCUGCCGGGCUGGAUCAAGAGUCUACUGCCCAAGAGUGCGCUGACCGUCGAGGAGGAGGCAUGGAAUGCGUAUCCGUAUACGCGGACACGCUACACUUGUCCCUUUGUGGAGAAGUUCUCGUUGGACAUCGAGACCUAUUAUCAUCCAGAUAAUGGCUAUCAGGACAAUGUAUUUCAGUUAUCGGGCAGCGAUCUUCGCAAUCGGGUUGUGGAUGUGAUUGAUAUUGUGAAGGAUCAGCUGUGGGGUGGCGAUUAUGUUAAGGAUGAGGAUCCCAAGCAAUUCAUAUCGGAUAAGACGGGUCGCGGCCCACUCGGCGAUGAUUGGCUGGAGGAGUAUUGGCGCGAGGUGAAGGGCAGGAAGCAGCCAACGGCACGCAAUAUGUCUCUGAUGACCGCCUAUAAGAUCUGUCGCGUCGAAUUUCGAUAUUGGGGCAUGCAAACAAAGCUGGAGAAGUUCAUCCAUGAUGUUGCCCUGCGCAAAACAAUGCUGCGUGCCCAUCGCCAGGCGUGGGCGUGGCAGGAUGAGUGGCAUGGCCUAACCAUCGAGGAUAUACGCGAGCUUGAGCGGCAAACGCAGCUGGCGCUAGCCAAGAAAAUGGGCAGCGGCGAGGAGUGUAGUGAUGAUAGCAUCUCGGAACCGUAUAUGAGCAGUGCAACAGUGGCGCCAGCUUCGAGCCUCAGCGAGCGCAAGAAAUCAGCGCCAGCUGUGCCACCAAUUGUCACCCAGCAGCCACCAAGCGCCGAGGCCAGUUCUGAUGAGGGGGAAGACGACGACGAAGACGAUGAUGAUGAGAAUGGCGAUAAUGUCGCCAGCAAUGUGGAGCUUGCUGCCCAAAGUGCCAGCAAUCAGCGUUCACGUUCCCAAAGCAUUCAAAUGGCCAACAAAACCAAAUUCGGCUCAAAGGGUGCCCUGCACUCGCCGGUGGGUUCAGCACACAGUUUCGAUCUGCAGAAUAAAAAGCCAGCGCCACGCAAUCAUGUUGCCAACUGGCGCAUGGAACGCCUCGAGGUGGACUCCAAAUCCAACUCAGACGAGGAGUUCUUCGAUUGUCUGGACACAAAUGAGACGAACUCGCUGGCCAAAUGGAGUUCGCUGGAGCUGUUGGGCGAGGGCGAUGACAGCCCGCCGCCACAUGGCGGCAGCUCUUCUGGCAGCGGUGGCCCUGGCGGUCAUGCUUGUGGUCGCCAUAAGCAGGAGGAUAGCAUAUUCAAUCAGGACUUUCUUAUGCGUGUCGCCUCGGAGCGUGGCAAUAAGCGACAAUUGCGCUCUUCAGCCAGCAUUGAUCGCAGUCACGACUCAUCGCCACCGGGCUCGCCGAGCACACCCUCCUGCCCCACAACCAUACUGAUCCUGGUGGUGCAUGCGGGCAGCGUGCUGGAUGCGGCCAGUGAGCUAACCGCUAAGAAGUCGGAUGUAACAACAUUUCGCGGCUCAUUCGAGGCUGUUAUGCGUCAGCAUUAUCCCAGCCUCCUGACACACAUGACCAUCAAGAUGGUACCGUGUCCAUCGAUCUGUACGGAUGCACUGGGCAUACUCUCCAGCCUCAGUCCGUAUUCAUUUGACGCAUCACCGUCGGCAGCGGAUAUACCUAAUAUAGCAGAUGUGCCCAUUGGUGCCAUACCGCUGCUCGCUGUGGCUUCGCCCGAAUUUCAGGAGACGGUCAACAAGACGGUCGCCGCUGCCAACAUUGUUUAUCAUGAGUUCCUCAAAUCGGAGGAGGGUCACGGCUUUUCCGGCCAAAUUGUUAUGCUGGGCGACUCGAUGGGAUCGCUGCUGGCGUACGAGGCGCUCUGUCGCUCCAAUGGCAACCAGUCAAAUGCCGCCAAUCUAUCACAGGCGGCCGGUCAUGGCCCAAUCGGCGCCGGUGGCGACAACAGUGCACGCAUGUCACGCAUGGACGAUGAUGAGCGUUUCAUUGAUUCUGAUCUGGAUGCGAAGCGAUUGCUAGUGGCACCAUCGCCACGACGUCGUCGCUCCAGCUCCUCGAGCGAUUCGCGCGUAACCCGUUUGGACUUUGAGGUCAGCGACUUCUUUAUGUUCGGCUCACCACUGUCUGUCGUGCUGGCCGCCCGCAAAUUGCACGAUGCAAAGGCGGCACUGGCACGUCCCAAUUGCCAUCAGGUGUACAAUCUGUUUCAUCCAACCGAUCCGAUUGCCGCCCGCCUGGAACCGUUGCUAAGCGCACGCUUCUCCAUACUCUCGCCGGUGAAUGUGCCGCGCUAUGCCAAAUAUCCGCUGGGCAAUGGACAGCCGUUGCAUUUAUUGGAAGUAAUACAGUCGCAUCCGCAGCAUUUCAACGAUGGCAACAAUCUGCUUACCGGCCGUCGCCUAUCGGAUGCAUCCAUGCAGAGCACCAUCUCUGGUCUCAUUGAGAAUGUCUCCUUAAGUACCAUACACUCACUUCAAAACAAAUGGUGGGGCACAAAGCGCUUGGACUAUGCGCUCUAUUGCCCGGAGGGUCUGAGCAAUUUUCCGGCACAUGCGCUGCCGCAUCUGUUCCAUGCCAGCUACUGGGAGAGUCCCGAUGUGAUUGCAUUCAUAUUGCGACAGAUUGGCAAAUUUGAGGGCAUACCGUUUGUGGGAUCGCACGAUGACAAGGACAACUCCUCGUUCCACCCCGGGCAGCCGCGCGAAAAGUGGAUCAAGAAGCGCACCUCCGUCAAGCUGAAGAAUGUGGCCGCCAAUCAUCGGGCCAACGAUGUUAUCGUUCAGGAGGGGCGGGAGCAGCGUUUGAAUGCUCGAUUCAUGUAUGGACCGCUUGAUAUGAUCACGCUGCACGGUGAGAAGGUGGAUGUGCACAUUAUGAAGGAUCCACCGGCGGGCGAAUGGACAUUCCUAACCACCGAAAUGACCGACAAGAAUGGACGCAUCUCAUACAGCAUACCCGAUCAGGUGUCUCUCGGCUAUGGCAUCUAUCCAGUCAAGAUGGUGGUGCGUGGCGACCAUACCUCCGUUGAUUGUUAUAUGGCUGUUGUGCCGCCGCUAACCGAAUGCGUUGUAUUCAGCAUCGAUGGUUCAUUCACGGCAUCCAUGUCGGUGACCGGCAGGGAUCCAAAGGUGCGCGCCGGUGCCGUCGAUGUCUGUCGCCAUUGGCAGGAGCUUGGAUAUCUGCUCAUCUAUAUUACCGGGCGACCGGAUAUGCAGCAGCAGCGUGUCGUCUCCUGGCUCAGCCAGCACAAUUUUCCACAUGGCCUAAUCUCGUUCGCUGAUGGACUCUCCACCGAUCCGUUGGGCCACAAGACCGCCUAUCUCAAUAAUCUGGUGCAAAAUCACGGAAUCUCAAUUACCGCCGCUUACGGCAGCAGCAAGGAUAUUAGCGUCUACACCAACGUGGGCAUGCGACCCGAACAGAUCUUUAUUGUUGGCAAGGUUGGCAAGAAAUUGCAAUCGAAUGCAACGGUGCUCACCGAGGGCUAUGCCGCUCACUUGGCUAGUCUUCAGGCGGUCGGUGGCUCCCGUCCGGCCAAGGGUAAUGCACGUAUGGUCAUACCACGUGGCUGCUUCAAUCUGCCCGGACAGUCGGCAAAUCCGCGUCGCCGAAGCAAUGAGACGGGCCUCUCAUCGCCCAUACGCAGCGGCUAUCUGAAGCGGAAAACCUACCUGACCCAUCACUAAUCAAUAAAUACGAAAAGUGCAGGACGAAAAGGGCACUCAGCUAAAAGAGAGAGAGAGAGAGAGAGAGAGAGAGAGAGAGCGAACACUACUUGACCCGAUACGAAUGAGAGCUUAUAUGUUAUGUAGUUUAUAGUGCCGCUGAUUGGAACCCCGAUCGACGACGAAACCAGCAACCAGCAAACUCUUAUAAGUACAAGCCAUGCAAUUAGCAAUCAACUAGAUGUGUGUAUCUGUAUUUAUAGCAUAUAUACAUAUAUAUAUUACCACUACUACUACUACUACCUACCACAUAUACCAUGUGCUUCGAGCCUGUUUAGAAGUCAUUCAACAAAUACCUAAAUAUCUAAUCUUACUCUCUGAUUGGAUCAGCAUUAGUUGCAGUUUAACAACGACAACAACAAGAACAACAAAAUCUCAGCGCUGAUGCCCCCAUAAACUGCAUCUGUGUAUAAUGCAUCAACUUAUAAUAUUAUGCGCGAUAUAUAGCAAAUUAUAUGGUGUAUAUACAAAAUUACAAACAAAAAAAAAACAAAAAACAAAAGAAAA